AUGGAUUCGACGUGGGAGUACCGAUUUUACGUGGUCGAGUUGUGCGUAAACCGCCGCGCAGGUUGCGAUAGUUACGUUUGCGUCCCGAGCUCCUGGAUACUCAAAGUCCAGCCCCAGAUGGUGCGGAUCAAGUAUCCCGUAGAAGACUUCAAUCUUACGAAGGAACUUAACGAAAGCGAAGACAAAUAUUCCGGAAGCUGGACGGUCUUCGACGCUCGUGUUAUAUACGUCACUGAUUAUUAUGCGGACGCCCAAGCAAAAAUAAAGACCCUGGAGGGUAGAAAGAUACAAGAACAAAUUGAAAGGGAAAUAGAGAAGGUGAACAGAUCACUCUCGUCUGAGAUCGAGUUCGACCAAACUCCAUAUUCGGAUGUAUCCGCCACAAAGAACUACUAUACAGCAGCCGGCAGUGAACAGCUCCAUCUCUCUCUAAAUAAAGGUAACAGAGAACGCAAAGAACAAACGAAGAGCGGAGUAAUGGAAGACGCCGGUUCAAGGUACAAGAAUAAUGACGUCACCGAACCCGCUCAUAAACGCACGUGCACGAGAUGCGACCUACUCGAGGGCAAAUUACAGCAAAUGAGCGCUUUACUGGAGAAACACAUUAGAGAUUCGGCAGGGGUAGAAAGCAUCCAAAUGCAAAUGAUGUGGAAACUCAUAAUGCUAGAGGAUUUAAUGCCGAUCGAUUAUCGCCAUCCCACCCAGGCCACGGCAAGCGCGAUGCAUACCGACGCUGCGCAGUUCUGCCAGCUCAAAGCGAAAAAAGUGCCUCAAAGGCGGUCCAGCGCGGUCCGUUCCAGUCUGCCGCCGCAUCGCUGCCACGUAGACACGAAAUGGACCCGCCGGCACCGGGCACCGGCUCCGAACCUCACCGAGCUGAUGCCCCACAAGGGUGUGUACGUGGAUCGGGACCGGCUGUGGCACUGUACAUCCCUGGCCAAGAAUAGCAACACGCUGGCGAGUCUGCUGCUGCCGGAGGUGUUCAGCGAUGAGGCCCUGCGCACGUGCUCCGUCAACGGCAGCUGCACAGUACCCGGCCUGGACUACGCGGCCAAGUUCGCCUUGCUGAAGUACGUCAAAUGCCACGCCAUACAGCACGACUGGCCGUACAAUGAAUCCGACCUCGUGAAAAACAUAAGGAGUCGACUGGUCGCCGAGCGCAGAAAGCAUAACAGAAAAAAUGAAGACGAAAAAAAAAAGAUAAAGAAGAAAGAA